AUGUACUCUCAUACCUCACACGCCCUGGACUCUUCCCUGCUCACCGAGAGCUUGACAGAGCCAACUACUCAGCCAGGGACCUCUAGUAAAGUGUCGAACGGAACCCGAAUAGGCCUCACCUUCGGGGGCUUGUACACAGAAAACUGUCUUGCCAAGAUCUGGGACGUCGCAUCACGAUAUAUUACAAAACUUCCCGGUGAGUACCCGGAAACCGUUCCUAGUGACGGAGAACAGAAAGGUCAAUACAGCACGCGAGAAGCUCGCUUUUGGACCUGCGGAUUCUUCCCGGGGUCUCUAUAUUCGCUCCUCGAGCGAUCUUCCCGGUUUCCAAAGGCCUUGUCGCUACCUGCACAUGUGGAUACGUUCCAACUUCACGAUCAGCUACUGAUGCUCUGCCGGGAGUGGUCGGCGCCGCUACAUUUCAUGGCCACUCGACGGGAUACACAUGAUCUGGGCUUCAUUGUUCUUCCGAGUCUCCGGAUGGACUGGGAGUUGACGGGGAAUAGGAAGAGUCUUGAGGCAGUUGUUACGGCUGCAAAUAGCCUAGCUUCUCGGUUUGAUGAACGCGUCGGCGCUGUGCGGAGCUGGGAUAAGAUGCACAGUAAACGGUAUGAUAUCGAUGACAGAGAAAAUAACUUUCUGGUCAUCAUAGACAGCAUGUGCAAUAUGGAUUUGCUCUUUUAUGCCGGCUACCAUUCGCGGAAUCAAAAACUCAUUGACAUUGCCACGGCGCACGCUCACACUGUGCUCCGGACCAUCGUUCGAGAAGAUUUUUCGACUUUCCAUGUGUGCAAUUUUAACCCAAGAAAUGGGGAAGUGCAGUAUCAGCAGACCCACCAGGGUUAUUCGGACAAUUCAACAUGGAGCAGAGGUCAAGCGUGGGCCAUCCUAGGAUUCGCACAGACAUACGCCUGGACGAAAGACCCCAUUUUCUUGCACGCAGCAACCAAGCUAUCGGAUUACUUCCUGAAGCGCCUCUCGGAGUCUUCACACUGCCAUCCCUAUGUGCCGCUCUGGGACUUCGACGCACCGGUUGAAGGCGGCCAGGUUCCUCCGCGUGACACGUCAGCAGCCAUGAUUGCAGCGAACGGGUUUCUCAUUAUGCACCAAAUGCUGCAUGGAAGAGAUGGGACUGCAUACCUAGAUGCAGCAAUUCGCAUUGCGGAAGAUGUUGUGGCUCAUUCACUGGCGCCUGAGCAGGCGACCAUCCACAUAGAAGGGGACGGUAGGAUCGUUGCACAUAGGACAGGAUUCGACUCUAUCCUUAUGAAUGCAACUGCUAAUAAGAACAAGUAUGCCCUCAUGCCUUACUGGGAUCACGGGCUUGUGUAUGCAGAUUAUUAUUUCCUGGAGUUCGGAAAUAGACUGUUGCGGAUGGGGCUUGUUUAG